AUGGAAAAAGAAAAAUCAAAAUAUCGUUAUUCUUCAGAGAUUCAACAAAUGAUGUUUGUUUUCGGUGAGGUCUCAGAACCUUCACUUGAAACGAUAAAUCUUGUUGAAGAUAUCGUUCGCUCUCAAGUGAUUGAAAUCAUUAUACAAGCUGCAGCUCAAGCUUCAAAACGUGGGUCAAGGUACAUGAGCGCUGAAGAUUUAAUUUUUUUAAUUCGUCAUGAUCGUGCUAAAGUAAAUCGGUUAAGAACCUACUUAAGUUGGAAAGAUGUACGAAAGAAUGCAAAAGAUUCGGGUGGUAAUGAUGCGGCUGAAGAAAUAAUGGAAGAACCGAAUGCAGGUUUGACUUAA